CAAUCAGUUUAACUUAAGGAUAUAGUAGGGUUGGUUUGAAAAGUGAAAUAUAAAGUUAGGAAGUUUUAGAAAAUUAGUUUAGAUUGUUUUAUAUAUAUUACCCUCUCACAAAGCAAGUGGAAAUUAAAUAUAGCAAUGCCAUGAUAAUUUAUUUAUUUACAAUUAUACAUAGACAUAUAAAUGAAUGGAUUAAUCAGAAGAAAAACUUUGAAAAUGGAAAAGUGUUGUGUUAUUUUAUAUGUAUUUGUAAAUAGAAAAUGAACAGUAUGAUCUGUAUGUUUACAUUAUUGCUUUUUCACUAACUUACUUCACAUUGUUUUGGCAAAGAGGAUCAUGGAACAGAUCUCUGAAGAAGGUUCUAAUGAAGGGCAAGGUUUUCCAAUGACCCGGAAGAUGGUCCGUUGUUACAUACAGGAGAUGUAUAAGGCCUCUGGACGCACAAGUCUUUUCAAUUUAGACAAAGGACCAAGCGACAAAUGGUUUCGCAAACUGAAGAAAGAUUACCCACAGCUUGCUUUCCGAAAGCCCCAGAGCCAGGACAGGGGGAGAGGCCGCAUGUCAAACAAGAAGGUGGCUGGGGAAUUUUUCCAGUUCUGGAGAGAUAUAUUGGAGAAGCACUCCCUGUUAGAUAAACCGUCACAGCUUUUCAACUGCGAUGAGACUGGGUGGUCAGGAAAGGAGUCAGGUCGGAGAAAAGUGUUAGGGCCUAGGACAGGAUUUUUGUAUCAGCAGAAGCCCAUCGAUGCAGACCACAUGACUGCCCACUUGUGUGUUUCGGCAGACGGACGAUUUAUGCCGACGAUGAUCAUCUUUAAGGGUAGUUUGCCGCAUCGCAACUACAAGGACGGCUUGCCAGGCUCAUGGCUGUUCAGCACAUCAGAGUCAGGCUAUAUGGACUCAGAACUGUUUUAUCAGUGGUUCAUACGAAUAUUUCUUCCGAAUUGUGGUCGGGCCCGUCCGGUUGUAUUGCUGAUGGAUAAUCAUGACUCGCACAUUUCACUGCACUUAGUGGAGAAAGCGAGGGAAGAGCAGGUACAACUAUAUAAGUCUCUAAUUAAUCGUAUAUUAUUUCAACUUUUGAAUAUUGAUAACAUAUCUCAAAUGAAUCUCAUCAUAUAA